GCUCGAUCCGCCCCUGGAAGUCCGAACUUGAGCUUCAGUUUAACUGAGGGAGUGUCUCUGUGCGCACCAGAUACAGGAAGGGCGCGCGGGUCCGCUGUACCUGUCACCCUCACAGAGGACGUGAGAGAGAAGAGUCCGGUUCCAAGCCCUCGGUGGUUUGAUUUUGAGACCAGAACCGGACCGGACCCCAAUUCUGACGCAGAUCCAGGCUCCCGUGGGUCCUCGGGAGAGUUGAGUUGUUUUAAAUUCUUGAUGGCUGGAGAUCCAACAAAAUCCGCCUCCUCCAUUCUGGAGUUCCUUCAAGUGAGGCCAGAGGAGCUGCGGCCGUCCAUCCCUCGAUGACAGGUCACCAGGGCAUCCAAUUGGAGUAUGUCAUAGAUGCAGAGUGUGGGACCAUGUUUGUUCCUCGGAGGAAAGUGUUGAUGCUCUGCGGGCUGAUGGGGUUCAACAUCUUCAUUUGUGUCUUGAUGGGCCUGUCGUGGAAAUUUGGGGGCGAAAGAGGCCACAAGAAGAUUAAAAUCCCAGAAAGGUUCUGGAGCCGGCAGGUUCUGAGUGAAGCCUUCUGGAACAAGGAGCAGCAGCGACUGGACUUUAUCAACAACCCCCUUCUCAGCGCCGCGCCCGCUAACGACUCUUUGGAGGUCCAGCUCGAUUUGCUGCAUGACCCUGGACCACGUGACCCCUGUAAGCCUGAUUGGAGGGUCACCACCCAAAUCUUUGACUACAACAUCCUGCCGCGGCGCUUCAAGGACUUCCUGCUGCACAUGCGCUGCAGGUCGUACCCCAUGCUGAUCAACGAGACUCACAUCUGUGACCAAAAGCCUUUCCUCCUACUGGUGGUCAAAUCCCUGAUCCCGCAUUUUGACCGGAGGCAGGCGAUACGAAAAACGUGGGGUCGAACCGGCGUCUACGCCAGCCGGAACGUGGCGACCGUCUUCCUGCUUGGCAACACCAUACCAGGGGACAGCUUCCCGGACCUGCAGGAGAUGCUGAACCACGAGGCGAGGAUAUACAAAGACCUCCUCCAGUGGGACUAUAGAGACACGUUCUUCAACCUCACCCUCAAGGAGGUCCUCUUUCUGGAGUGGUUCAGCAAGCACUGCUCACAAGUGCAGUACGUCUUCAAGGGGGACGACGACGUCUUCGUCAACACUCUACGAAUUCUGUACUACCUUGAAGGCCUGACAGAGGACAAGGCCACAGAUCUGUUUAUAGGUGAUGUCAUCAGUAACGCAGGUCCCCACAGGGAGCAGAAACUGAAGUACUUCGUCCCAGAGAGUGUUUAUGUCGGGGGGUACCCGCCCUACGCCGGCGGUGGAGGUUACCUGUUCUCUGGUGGAGUGGCGCUGCAGCUCUACAACGCCUCUAAACAGGUAGUCUUAUAUCCCAUUGAUGAUGUGUACACGGGGAUGUGUCUGAAGAAGCUGGGCAUGGCUCCUCAAAAGCAUGACGGCUUCAAGACUUUCGACAUCGCGGAGAAGUACAAGAGCAAUCCCUGCGUCUACAGGACUCUGAUGGUGGUUCACAGCCGGACGCCGCAGGAGAUGAUACAGAUCUGGCAAUGGAUCAUCCACCCAGAGCUGGACUGUCUAUGAACUCAUCAACUCUGUUUGUCGUUUUUACCAGACUUUUCAUGAAACCUUUCUGUUUUUAAUUCCAGAUAAUUUAUUACUUUAUUUGCUUUAUUCGCUGCUCUUUUAACUUGUUUAGUUUGAAGUUUUAAUCUGCAUUUAAAUUCUGAAUAUUUAGAACCUCUAGGCUGUAAAAUGGACUAAAAACUUGGAUCUGAGUUAAACAAAGACUCUGAUGAAUCAAUAGACUAGAACCUGACAUCCCUCUAAAAUCUAAAACACUGUUUCAGCUAAAUUUACCUGAAAGUACAGGCAGUGAAUGGACUUUACUUCCCCCAAUGGUUUUUAGCUAAUCAUUUUCUCAAUUGUAACCUGUUUUUGAUCAAUUUCAGGAUGUAUUCAGACUAGAAAGUCAGUUGGUUGGGAUCGAGUCUUGAACCUUGUGUUCAACAAAGCAAAACUUCAGUCAUUGGCCAGGGAUUACGAGGGUGGGGCAAAGCAACGAGAGAAAGAAUAAUGGAAAUCCCCCACUUUGCAAACUUUGUCGAGAUAGUUAAUUUCUUCAAACCAAUUUUAAACGUCUGUAUUAACGUCAGGUACAACACUUUUUACUUUUACUUUAGUACGGAGGAGGCGACGGAUUAAAAGUCACUGUAAUAAGUGUUAAUGACAAAUAGAUUGUCAGAAAAGCAAUGUGUAUAAUGUUAUAAGUCGUUUUAAUGAGCCUGCAUUCAUUCAACAACCUUUCAGUAAGUCGCUGUGUCCCGUCUUUAAUCUGGAACUGUUUACAUACUGUAAUAGCCGGCUACGACGGCCAUUUUUCUGUUGUUCAGCUUCGAGCACGGAGCCUAUUAAGACUGAGAAAUUUCAGAGCGAACCGAAGCUUAGUGACAUAGGAAACGAACUAAGACCAUCUUGAAAGAUGAGUCCGCUUGGGUGAAUUCAGACAGAAAAUUUGUUCCAAAUUAGGGAAACAGACUUUCACUCUAAGAGAAUCAAAUGUGUUCAAUCUGAAUACAUAUAAGUUUCCUCAGUCUGCUCGGAAAGAACAACUGGACCAAAAGAGAAGGAAGCAUCUUUCAGCGUGAUACACAAUACUUCUCACACUGUUUUCCCAAAAUCUAUCUGUCAUAGACACUUAUCAGUGUACCUAUCUAAAUCAACUAUCCCGACAAGGAUUGCAAAGCGCAGGACUUCCGUCAUUAUUUCUCUUUGCCCCGCCCAUGUAAUUCCUGGCCAAUGACUGAAGAGAUUCUUAGUCACAUGGUUUUGUUACAAGCUCUGCUUCGAAACAUAAAUGUCUUGUUUGAUGGCAGUUUGAAUACAGACCAAACAUAGAAAGCAGGACUCAAUCUAAACCAAAUUAAGCGUCCUCUGUCCGGACCGAUGGACUUUUCCAGGCUGAAUACACCUUCAGUCAUCGGUCAGCCUCUUUACAGCUCUUUACUUGACUUGGUUCUUUUACGAUAUACUUUGAUACUUUAUUCCUUUAUGGGAAAUUCAUUCCUUUGUCAUUUUUUUUUACUUUUAGACACUUAAAUAACACAUGGUCUUUGACAUACUGUCACUCCUCGAUCGUUUACCCAAUCAACUUGAAUCAGUUGAUUCUGAAGCUUUUCGUAUUGGCUUUGCACCCAAAUCCAACACAUCACUGUUGUAAAGUGUUGCAUUUCAAUGAUAAAAACUUUUCUCUGCAUCAGAAUUACAGUAAUUGUGUGAACAAUUGAAGAAUUUUGGUAGUCUAAAGAAUGUAAACAUAUUGGUGCUAAAGGGUUAACUAGACUAAUAAUCUCUGAUGUAACUUGAAGGAUUUUCAAUAUGAAGAAUAAAGUGAGGCGCCCAUAAUGACUGGAGUUAACUCCGCCCACUUGAGCAGCACUGAAAAUGGAUGAUUGGGCAGAACAAAAUAAGGGAAGGGUUUUCUUCCAACCUUUAGGUCCACCAACCUGUCAACUAAAAAGACACACCCUUAAUACUGCAUACAUUUAAGCUAAAAUAAAAUGUAAAAAGCUGAAAAGGAAUCACUUCCUCAUAAUUAUCAUGAAAAGGAAAUAAUUUUUAGACAUGUGGCUGAACAGAUGUUGAUUUUUGGUGUAAAAUGUGACUUUUUAGCGUGAGAGGGAACUGAAAAUCAUCUGAAACCAACUUCUAGUGGUCAUUUAAAGUACUGCAACAAUUGAUUUUUCUGAGUUUGCUUCACAUUUUGGACCAAAACGUGGAGAUUUUGAGGAAAGUUUAUGGCAGCAGGCCAUGGAAAGGAAAUCAAGGACUCUCCGGUUCAAGUGACUGCUGGUUUCUAAACUGAAGAGCAAAAGAAAAUGUAAAAACGUGGUUUUGCUAAGCCGGGUUUGACAUGACAGAAACCCCACUGUUCCUCCACAGACAGUCUCUGGUUGAACUCUUUUAAAUUCUCCUUCCUGACUGAUAUGCUCACAUGCCUUCAGCUGACACAAGUAUUCAUAGAACAGUGAGAUAUAUGCAUUUUUGUGUAUUUAAAGUGUCCAAAUCGAGACGAUCAUUUCAGCUGAGAGAAGAAGCUUUUAAAGAGGCUGGCGUGGUAUCUGACUGUGCAACAGCUGCCCUACAGAGCAGCUUAUCUCUGAUGUUCUAAGUCUCUUGUUUCAAUGCCAAACAAGUGUCUCUGUGCUGUCACUGAACCUUUUCAAACAGUAUCUUCAUUUUAUUUUAUAUUUUUUUACUAGAAAAGGAACCACAUGUUCUCUGUUUUAGCUCAAACAUUUUUUAUAAUGUUUUCAAUCAACUCUUGAAGGAAUCUGGAUACUUGUUCAGGAGUUGAGCCGAUGCUGUGUCCUGUUUGGGAUCAUAAAUGAUAAAGCAGUUGUGUUGACACUGAAAGCCUCUGUGUGUGUGUUUGUUUUAAAUAAAACUGGGUCAAGAAUGGAUAAGAAUAUUGAGAAAGACCCAGGUUGAUAAGGGAAUGGAAUCACGCUGCUGGUGUCUAAAUAAAAAUCUCAUGUGUUGUGAAUUAGCGUCCAGGUGGCUCGAGUGUCGUCUGUGUUGGAGGACUUGUGUCAGUGAUGGAGAAGGUUUACAGAGACAUGCUUUUCCAAUUUACCCUGAAAGUGAUUUUUAAAAUCUCAAAAUAUCUCCACAGUGAUGAAGUUUAACUGCUUUUAGAGGAUGAAGAAAAUUGCAAAACAAAAGGACUUUGCUGAAACAGAGAAACAAGUGGCUUUUGUACUGAACUAAUGACAUUUAUGAGGGAUAGAGUAAAGAUGUACGACAGGAAAAGAGGUCCACUGUGUUGCAAGACAGCUCACAUGCAGGCGUUACUAAAAAGAUGCACAACUCAGGGUUACUGUGGCUAAACCACAAAGCUUUAUCAAAAUGAAAGUUUUAGGUCUGGCCUUAAAGAUAAAAGACUUAUAUCUGCAUCUCAAACUGAAGCCAGGAAGUUAAAGAAAGGUUAGAGAAACUUUAGCAUUUUCGUUUUGUCAAACUUACUACUUUGUCUUAAAUUAAUAGGAGAUUAUUGCCCCAGACACUUUUUUAUACAAGUUUAUUUCUACUGAAGCUGAAAAGCUCAACAUUAAUGUUGAUACAAUGCUGACUUUUUAGCUAAUUUAGCUAAAAUAAUUUGAUUCCUAGAAAGAAACCAAACUUGGCUGCUAAUUGACAUCUUAAAAAAAAGAAAAUAAAAAAAGCCCCUUUAACUGCUAUGGAAUAGAUCAUCUGUUACAUUAGCUGAAAAAAGUGCAAGAAAGCAGAAGACAAAAGUAAUUUAGAAAAACUCUGAAAAUGUAGAAAAACUUAGUUUAACUGCAGUA